AAACCACACUCUAAAGGAACGACGUUGAAACAUUAACGAGUACAGAAAUCCUACAGCUUUCUUUUCUAGUCUGCAGAGAGUUGAUAACAGAGACAGUUAUCAGCAGCAUCCCAUAACAGCACAGCAAAUCUUUGCAUUUGAGAGAAAACUGUAGUUAUGGAACUAGUACCAGUCCAAAUGGAUCAACAGACAGAGUUUCCGGUCGAAGUCCUGCCCCAGGCCACCCGGGCCCUGAAGUUCAUCCAGCUCCAGCUGAUGGAGCUCGCCAAAGACUGUGGCAACACCCUGCAGAGCGGUCAGGUCAGCCCCAACUGCUUUGUGGAGCUGCAAACGAAACUGGAGAAGAUUCUCCACGAGACCCGCGCAGCCUGCAAGCCUCCUCCGACAAAACCGGCGAAAAGGGACUUCAAGGUCAUCAAACAGGUUGCCCGUGGCGCCUAUGGUACUGUAGAACUUGUGCGCCACAAGAAGACUAAGAAGACCUUUGCGAUGAAGUUGAUUACACUGCAAUACCCAAACCAGAGAGAUGCGGUUCUGUUGGAACGAGACAUCCUCACCUACCUUGACCACCCUCUCGUCGUGCCCAUGUUCUGCUCGUUUGAGACAGAGAGCCACAUGUACAUGGCGAUGGAGUAUGUGGGAGGUGGGGAUCUUGCGGACUUGCUGCAAGACAAACGGCGUUUUCGUAUGGACUUGGCACGUUUCUACAUGGCAGAACUUGUCUUGGCUGUGGAGUACAUCCACAGCUACGGCAUCCUGCACAGGGACCUCAAACCCAGCAAUCUGUUGAUCAGCACAGACGGACACAUCAAGGUGGCUGAUUUCGGGCUGUCCAAGAUUGGGUCAGUCAGCACGGCAGCCUGCCUGACUGAAUCAGAGUGUCAGCGAAAUGCCAGAGAGUUCUCCGACUCAGAAACAUGCGGCACGUCUGUCUUCAUGGCCCCAGAACUGUUCCUAAAGACGGGCUAUGGGAAGCCCGUAGACUGGUGGGCCACAGGAAUUAUCUUGUAUAAUUUCCUGUACGGUAACGUACCUUUCUCUGGCUGGAAUUCAAAAGAGACUGCUGAACUUGUGACCGAAAAUGACAUCCACUUUCCAGAUGCGGGAUCUCCCCAACGAGAUGUUGCCAGAAAUCUCAUCAGUCGGCUCUUGGAGAAGGACCCUGUGAAGCGUCUGGGUACACGAGGAGCCAGUGAGGUGAAAAGACACCCGUUCUUCCGGGGUGUGGACUGGAAGAACCUCCCUUAUGAGACGCCUCCAUAUGUCCCUAAUGCAGAGGACACCAGCCGCUUUCCAAUGUGUGCAUCCUCUGAUUCUGAUGAUGACCAGACCGUAUCACCUGCGGAGCAAACAGACUUCUGCACUGUUGCUUUCCGCUUCAACAAGGUGUACGGCAGCCCAAUGCCCCUGUCCCCAUGCACGCCGAUGAAUCGGGUCCUGUUAUCAGAAAAGCCAGGACACAGCGAGCCAAAGGAGGGGCAGCAGGAAAUUGAGGCGUUUGAUGAAGGUUUUUGUGACUCCACCCCUUCACCUCCCCCCCACCACGCCUCUCCAGGCCAAAUAGGCCCAAAGUACUUUGACAGUGAUUCUGACGGGGAGGACGAGGACGUCAGCAACAUGCAUUUCGGUGAAGCCUCUCAACGACAAAGUGGAUGGGACGAAAGUCAAUCUGACUCCACCCCUUCACCUCCCCCCCACCACGCCUCUCCAGGCCAAAUAGGCCCAAAGUACUUUGACAGUGAUUCUGACGGGGAGGACGAGGACGUCAGCAACAUGCAUUUCGGUGAAGCCUCUCAACGACAAAGUGGAUGGGACGAAAGUCAAUGUGACUCCGCCCCUUCACCUCCCCCCCACCACGCCUCUCCAGGCCAAAUUGACUCAGUAUACUUUAACAGUGAUCCUGACGGGGAGGACGAGGACGUCAGCAACAUGCAUUUCGGUGAAGCCUCUCAACGACAAAGUGGAUGGGACGAAAGUCAAUGUGACUCCGCCCCUUCACCUCCCCCCCACCACGCCUCUCCAGUCCAAAUGGACCCAGUGGAAGAGUGCCCUAGCAAUCACUUGCUCGAGGCCACCUGGUCCCUGAUGUCCAUCCAGCUCCAGCUGGUUGAGCUGGCCAAAGCCUGUGGCAACACACUGCAGAACGAUCUGGUCAGCCCCAACUUCUUUGUGGAGCUGGAGAGCAAAGUGGUGAAGAUUCACCAGGAGACCCGCAAAGCCUGCAGUCCCAACGUCGAGGACGACUCCAGUGAGGACAGCGCCGACCCCACUGUCGAGGACGACUCCAGUGAGGAGGACAGGGAACCUAAUGGUCGAGGCAGAUGGCCACCCACCCAGAGCCCGGUUCUGCUCAAGGUUUCUACCCGUUAAAGGGGAGUUUUUCCUUGCCACAUCGCAUAACCGUAACUAUGCAAUGCUUAUGGGGAAAUUGAAUGUAUAUA